AUGGCGGCAGGCGUCAUCAGGAACUUCCUGGUCCAGGCCCAGACUCCGACCUACUUCCCCAUGAUUUUCCAGAGCUCUCCGUGCAAGGACGACAUUGAAAUGGAGGGCGAAGAGAAGCAGGAGGAGAGGGAAGAGGAGAGGGAAGAUGAAGAGGACAGAGAAGACGACGAGGACGAUGAAGACUCUGACGCUCAGGAGGAGGAAGAGGAGGACGAAGGCUUAGAGGAGGGUUUUCUGAACCCGGCCCACUGCGCUCUGGACGUGACCAAGCAGCUGCUGACCUUCGCAGACCUCAUCAGUCGGGACGUUCAGAGGUAUUUCGGACGCUGCUCCGGGGACCAGGACGCUUGUGACAUCUACAGCGACUCCGUCUCCGCCACGACCGGCGGGCGCCUGCGUUACUACGACGACCUGCUGAGAAUAGCGAGAGCGGGAAGUCCGGAGGAGCGCAGCUCCGCCGUGACCGAACAGGAAGCAGUCGGGGUCGCAAAGGGCAACUCCAUUUUAGGGCCCCUCGCUGAACUCUUCGACCACGUGAGCCCGAGUCUGGGCCGCGGCCGGCCGAUGGUCAAACGCCAUCUCCCGCUCAGUUUCUGGACCGAGCCGAUCCCCUGCUGCUCCCUGGGCGGCUUCACCAACACACCCGACGUCACAAACACGAACACACCUUCACAGGGCGGCACGCACACAGACAAUGACACACACAUGCCCUUUAACACACACCACAACGCACACGGCCUGGAAAACAAUCAGCUGGAUUUCAGUGACUUGCUGGCGUACUGGGACCCGAACCCAGAGCUCACACACACACUGACGGAGAGCACACACAUGCAGCAUUGA